AUACAAUACAAAUCACUUAUGGGGACUUUCACAUUUUUCAAAACAUUGCAAACUAAAACAGAAGAAGCAAAGAUAGAAAGAAAAGUAACCCCAAACUGAUAGCAUCAAGCUCCUCCUCAUCCUCCAUUUCUCACUCACUCACACUCACUGUGAUUUUCUUCUUCUUCUUCUUCUUCUUCUUCAUCUUCUUCUUCUUUAUCUUCUUCCCAAUGCCACCACUCCACAUUCUCCCCGGCGCCACCCUCUUCCCCAACCCCCUCCUCCGCCACCCGUCCAAAACCCUAAUCCCCAAACCCCGCCCCCCCUCCGCCCUCCUCCAGUGGAACCGUAAGCCUGAGCUCUCGGGCACCACCCCGCGCGUCACCGUCAUCACCUCAGGCAAGGGCGGUGUGGGAAAGACCACCACCACGGCUAACAUUGGCCUCUCCCUAGCCCGCUUCGGCUUCUCCGUGGUGGCCAUUGACGCCGACGUGGGCCUCCGCAACCUCGACCUACUCCUCGGCCUCGAGAAUCGCGUCAACUACACCGUCAUCGAGGUUCUCAACGGCGACUGUCGCUUAGACCAAGCCCUAGUUCGCGACAAGCGCUGGUCCAAUUUCGAACUCCUCUGUAUCUCCAAGCCCCGCUCCAAGCUACCCCUCGGCUUCGGCGGCAAGGCCCUCACGUGGCUCGUUGACGCGCUCAAGGCGCGUCCAGGCGGCUCCCCCGACUUCAUCCUCAUCGAUUGCCCCGCCGGCAUAGACGCCGGCUUCAUCACCGCCAUCACGCCCGCCAACGAGGCUGUCCUCAUCACCACGCCCGACAUCACGAGCCUCCGCGACGCCGACCGCGUCACCGGCCUCCUCGAGUGCGAUGGCAUCAGGGACAUCAAGAUGGUUGUGAACCGGGUUCGCACCGAUAUGAUUAAGGGCGAGGACAUGAUGUCGGUGUUGGAUGUGCAAGAGAUGCUGGGGUUGCCUCUUCUUGGGGUUAUACCUGAGGACAGUGAGGUUAUCAGGAGCACCAAUAGAGGAUACCCUCUUGUGCUCAACAAGCCUCCAACUUUGGCUGGCUUGGCCUUUGAGCAAGCAGCGUGGAGGCUCGUGGAGCAGGAUAGCAUGCAGGCCGUGGUGGUGGAGGAGCAACCUAAACGUGGGUUCUUCUCCUUUUUUGGUGGGUAGGAUUCUUUUUUUUAUUUUGUGGUGUUUAGGGUGUAUAGUUAGGUAGUCGAGAUUAUUUGUUUUUGCUUAAAUGAUCGGUUGAGUAUGAGUAAAUCUGUUUUAUUGGUGUCUAUAGAGAACGGAAUUUGAGGUUUUUUUUUUCUAUAUUUCCUUAUGCUGUUGAUGGAUUAAUGAGAGUUCGUCUGACCAAAUUGAGUGUUGGGAUGUUGGAGCUCUAAUGCAAUGAACAUUUUUUUGCUUUGU